AUGAUGCUCUUGAACGUCUCCUAUUUGAUCUUCUGUAUCCUUUGGGCCCUCCUGGUGACGGUUGCUCGGGCAGCCACAAGCCUGUCAGAGGCUCCAGAAAGCGUUCGACUAGGCAGAGAAACAGUCAAGUUUCUCUGGCAAAAAGUGCAGGCUGGAACUUUCUACAAAUGGCUGCCAAGCGCGUAUGAACAUGACGAGCCAGCCUGGUUCGACUUCAUGCAUACCAAAGCGGAGCCUAUCAUCGAAUCUUACUACUCGGCGAUAUUCAGCACUAAGCGUUCUGCCGUCAAAGCUGGACGUAAAAAAUUUCUCGCGCUGGUCAAGACGCAGAACUCGGCAUACUACAAAUUUGGUAGAACAACCGUGAUGCACGAUCAUAAAAAGGCAGUGGCAGAGGCUCUUGUCAAAGGCUUCGCAGACCAACAGUGGUUGGAGAAUAGCAGGAGAGUUACAGCCGUGGAUCAUGAAGUACAAUCUGCGUUUCGAGCCCCAAACCGUGAUUCGCCUGAACCUGCAACGAACCGAGAGGAAUGGGGAAGAUCUUUGAGUCUUCAAACCCAGCCGCAAAUCAAGCCGGACGCCCCACCAAAGUAG